AUGAAGCAAAGCUCAGAGACAGCGUUUUUUUUUACGAACUUGCUCAGCGUCGUCGACAACGAACACAAGACGUGUAGAAAAACGGCAUAACCACACAACACAAUACGAAAACUAAUAAGAAUUACAAAAAAAAAGUACUCGAAAGCGGCUCAAGGGAGCGACGAACGCAGUGAACGGGAGUAAAUUCUGAUUCUAAAUGUGUGUGCGUCACACUCACACACACAUAGAUAUACAGUCAUAUAUAUACACAUACAUUCAUAUAUACACACAGCACGCGUUUCACAAAAGUCAGAGCGACUGAAAGCAGCAAACAGUAGCAAAACAACCAGGCAACAGCAGCGACACAACGCUGUUCAGCAACAAAUUAAAAUAAAUCGCAAAAUAAAAUAAUGCAAACAAAACUUAAUUGAAAUUAAGCAUUUAACAAAUUACACUACUGCAUAUGGUAGUGUGAGAACUUACUACAGCGCGAAUACACGCAUACGUACAUGCAUGCACAUGCAUACAUAUCCAAAUUAAAAACCGAGUGGCUGCCUUUGUUCGAAAAGGCUGGCAACGCUUCUUUUGCUACUGCUUACUGGCCAUUUUGGCACGCAGCUCAAGAGAUAAAAAAAAGGAAGAAAAAGCCAAUAACCCUUAGAGAAGUGUCAAAAGAUAAACAGUGAAUUCCUCGUCAAAUCCGUCAAUCGCAUAAGCUGUACAACGUAAAAGAGCAACGGCAAGAGCAAUAACAUAAUCUCAGCGAUAAUGUUGUUUUUGCUUAUGAUACUGAUCUAUGUUGGCGCUGGCGCUUCUGCGCAGUCAGCAUAUGUGCAUCGGAUUCCUAUGACUGGGGUGGACGCUCUGCGCAUCGAAUAUUUAAGUUUGGAACGCGCGCUCUGGAAUUAUUUAAACAAAACGGCAAAUAGCCAAAACAACAAGGAUACACAACUGCGCAAGGUGUACGAUUCGCAUCGCAACUUCAUCAAUAAGAGUCAAAUGGGACGCGAAUUUGCCAGUGAAAAGUAUAAAAUCAUGCAUCAUUUUGAGUGGAAUCAACUGGAGAUGAAAUUGGCAGAACUGAAUCGUAUAUUUGACUUUUAUAAGAACACUCUAAUGAAACCAGUGUCGAGCGAUGGACUGGAGGAGCGCGCCGUAUUGGAUUUAGCUGAGACAGUGUUACGCAACGAUAAACAUUAUUCGAUGUCGCAAAUAUUUCAAACAAUCGAAGAAUAUAUGGUCAAACAAGCACUUUACUACAGGGCAAUGGUGGUAUCAGCGGAUCAAAUGUGUCACACAAAACAAUCGGCCCAACAAUUUGUGUAUUCACUGUACACAGAUAUUGCACUAACCGAAUUGAAAGGCUACACAAUGAUAGAAUUCUCAUGGAUGAUGCUGCGCGUAUAUGGGCGUGGCAAUUUCUCACAGGAAGCAGAGUUAAUGCGUCGCGACUACGAGAAGCGCACAGAGCGAACAUUAAAACUACUUAAAGAGGUGAUGAGACGUUCCGAUCGCAUUAUCUGGAGAUGUGAUCCCGACCGUUUCAUACCGAAUAAAACAUAUGACGAAGUGACACGCCUACUGCAGGGCUAUAUUGAGAACGAAGUGGAUCUUAAUUCAGAUGAGACAUGCCGCGAGACAUGCUCAUUCUAUCAAUCGACUCGAAGCGAGGGCUGCUUUAAGGAAUACUUUUGCUCGCGGCAACCCAAGUGUACGGGUCGCCUCUACAACUGUCAGUUUGUUGACUCCGACAUGUGGGUAUGCCCGGCGGCAAUGAAUAGCACGCGUCGCUAUGAAUAUAUCGAAUACGAAAAUGGACGUGUGCUUGGACAGCGUCAGAGAUGUGUGCGAGGCACCACUAAGGUGGAUAGCUGGUGGCGUUACCUCUUCUGGCAUUGCAGCUACUGUUUCUGUCUGUGCGACGAGCAGAGUUUGAAGUCGGAUCGUUUCUUCAAUCUACGCGAAUCCGUGGCGGAUGUCAAGCAGAACAAUGUGGUCACUGGCCUGCGUUUUGUGAAACGCAAUCGUGUGUUCCAUCUACAGAUACAAGAGGGUCAACUGCUGCCACGUGGCGCCAUCAAUGAGUCGACAUUGUCUUGGAAGCCCGUCGAUGAUUACAAAAUCUUUGAUCGAAAUGUUGCCAAAGGCAUUGACUAUCAUACUUUGAGCUAUGAGAGUCGCUCCAUUGAUUUGGAUGACAUCAUGAAAACGGAUGACUACAGCUUUGUGGUCACCGGUGUACGUUUUCGUCUUCUCGGUGCUCAUCUCAAUCUCGAAGCGCGGCUCACUGAGUUUGAUUUUAAGAAGGGCGAACUCAUACAGCCGGAAGUGAACAGCGUUUGGCAAUCGAAUGACAACACCGAUGUUAGCGGCGAACGCAGACAAAAGAUAAACAUCUAUAAUGCAGAUGUGCCCACGAGGACAGUGGUCACCUCGCUGCCAAUAUCCAAGCACAAUCAAUAUGUCGAAUUUGUCAAUUCGGGCAUGGACAAGGAUGCGGCACAGAGCACGGUGCCAUUUAUAGAUAUACAGGAUGUAGUGUCACAACCGCCGGUGCCAUUAGCUGGCAUUGGCCUCUACUAUAAGGGACGUCCCGGCUAUGGUGGCUUUGUGGCACCUAAAAUUAUCACAUAUAACUUUACGCCCCACGUUCAAGUGCCAAAAAACAUUAAGUAGACGCUGAUUAUUCGCGAUGAUAAUAUAGAACCCAUCUCUCAGAUAAUAUAGCUUUCUGUGCAUGUAUAUAUAUGUAUAUAUGUAUAUAUGUAUAUAUGUACACAUGCACACAGACAUUGCUGCUUAUAAAAAAAAACUUGAAUUGAAAAUUUUAGUUAUAAACAACAUACAUGUUACCUAUUGGCAUACACAAAAUACAUAGGCCUAUGUAACUAAUAAAACAAAAACAAAAUAUAAAAAAAAUA